GAAAGGAUCCAGUUACUUUGUAUUUUGAAAUUUCUGAAGGUUUACGAGAAAAGCCAGUAAAUAAAACUCCUUUGCAGUACAUAAAAUUAUAUUCAGAGUGCUGGCACGAAAACCCUUCGAAACGACCUACAGCAAGAGAAAUCCUUAAAAAAUUACAAUCUUUGGAAUAUGAACCAGUUUUUCUUGAAUCUGAUAUUC